CGUAAAAUUAUCGAUUAUCCGAACGCCAUUGUACGCAAUAUAAGACGAGCGAUUUAAAAAGUCCAUCAAUGCUACUAUUACUUUUCCUUUUCCCUUUGACGGAGUGUUUCAAGUGUUGUUUUUAAUUUAGUAGUAUAUCAAUGGUAGCUUACGUACUGCUUCACAAAGUCAAAAUAAGAGGGAAAUAUUUAAAAAUAAUGGCUUUUAUGGAUAUGUGCCCCAAAGUUUUAAAGCAGAUAGUGAAUGUUAAGUUUUAAUGAGAUACUAAGUACAUUAUAGUCAUGUACGGUUUGUGAAAAGAUGUAAUAUUCCUUCUUUAGUCUUAUUACAAUAUUCUAAUGUCGGUUGUGUUUUGAUUGUAAAUAAUUUGUGACGGCUGAAAUGGAGGAGUUGAGGUCCAAACACAAGACAUUGCAGAGCGCGGCUCACCACAUUGCCCUAGAGUGUAUACACCCUCAGUGGUGUUUGUCCACCCAUGUCUGUACAUUGGAACUAGCAGUCUACACAUGGGUCACCAUAUCACGUACACCCGUACCCCUCUCCUGUACGGCUCCAGCAUGCGUUCCAGAGCACCCAGCACAGCCCCAAGAUGUUUCAUCCAAAGGGGCUCAAACCGCACCUUGAUCCACGGGCAUAUGGAACGCCAAAUGACAGUCCUAUUUUGGGCCGGGCACUAUGUCUCACUCCUCGUGGCAGCCCGGUGCCAGGGCGAGUCUCCCACCUAAACGAGAAGUUCCAAGACUCAUUGACACUGACAUCCGACACCGAUGCCUUGGUCGCCAAGAUAAGCGCAAUGUUCCCCACUGUCAGCGAGACUCACAUCAAAAUAUUGCUGAAAAAGUACUACAAUAGAGAAGCAGUGGUGAUAUCAGCACUCCAGGUGGAAAAACAUCCUAUCACUACUCCUGGGCCUCUCACUAUGUCGCCAUCUGCAGUGCGGUUGCAGAAAGGCGCUCCAGGUCUGCACUCUGCCUUACAGCUUGCUAAAGGCAUGUCUGGCUCUAUACCGGGCUCCAGUCAUUUCACCCCAUUGACUGGUACGCCACAUGGUUCUCCAUCAUUACUGCGACCAGCAUCUGGGGCUUCUAGUUACUACGGUGCCAGGUCUAUCGACGGUCAGCCUCCACGACAUCAGAGUCCUAAAAUGAAGCUUAAGUACCUCAAGAGUAUUUUCCCGAAGGCCGAAGAAACAUUGAUCCUAGAUGUGCUGGCGAAUAAGGACAACAAUGUGCAGAAAGCGAGCGAAGAGUUGAUAGGCAUGGGUUUCAGUAAGAAGGAGACCAUAGUGACCACACAGAAAAAGGAAGCUACACCACAGCCACAGAAGAAAGUCGUCACCAUUAUGAAGACCUUCGCGGAGAAGUGUGAAUUAAAAGAAAAACUGCAGAAGAAAUACACCGACAUAGCAGAAAGAGUGAUAGCUUUGGCAUUAGAGAGUGUGGACUAUCAUGAAGAGAGGGCAGAACAGAUCCUUAAUGCUGUGCUGCAGGAUGAAGCGGCUCCUAAAGCCGUGAAGGUUGAGGUCAAGGAGUCAUUGAGACCAGCCACUGCGGAGCCGAAAAAGGGUUUUCACGCGGAGGUGCGCUCGCCGAGCCCGGUACCCGCGCCCCCCGCAUCCCGCCGCAUCAAGACAUGGACCGAGCACUUGAAGCCGAUUUUGAAGACCAGUAGCAGCGUGGAUGCCAAGUUCAAGUCACAGUAUUGCUCGCCCACGAAAGGUCCUAAUCCUUCGCUACGACAAGGACCAAAGGACAGUUUGCUACUGGAGGACUAUAUUCCAUGGACGGGACCAGACCCUGAAUUGCGAAGUGGCCAAGGUGUGAAGCCUGAGGGACCAGAGACCCGUGAAAGGCCUUUCUCCCUAGCUCGUGGCCCCUCGGGGCUCGCGAAAGGCGCCGCAGGACUCGCUAAAGGAUCUCUGUAUUCGAAAUUGAACAAGAAAUCUGCGAAAAUUAUCGGCUGAACGGAUCGAGCUUACGGCGCACCAUCUUCGCAUAGCACAUAACAUGUAAAUCUUAGUUCAGUAAGUUGUAAGAAGUACAAGUAGCGGUGGCGUU